AUGCGUGCCGACACUCAUUUGGCUGCGGCGGCCGUCGUGGCAGCUGCAAAUGCAGCAACUUUGGGGGAUGUGUGCACCACGUCCUAUGUUGAAUCCGUAUUGCCUGCCGAUGGCACCUUUUUGGGCAUUUCACUCGAUUCGACCUCGGUCAACACGACGGCUCACUACAAUGUCUCGAUCAGCAGCAGCACCUUCUACCCGGCUGCUACCAUUGACUACUGCGUCGUCACCUUCAACUACACUCAUACCGCCCGUGAUGACACUGUUGCUGUCACCUACUGGAUGCCGGGACCGGCCAACUUCAAGAACCGGUUCCUCACAACCGGCGGCGAGGCAUACGAGAUCAAUGAGGGCUCCAGCACCACAGGGUCUUUGCCGGGUGGUGUGAUGUACGGUGCUGCCUCUGGCCUCACUGACGGAGGUUUCAACGGCGAGGCUUUUGAUGAUGUGUUCCUCGAUGCCAAUGGAACCGUCAACUGGCAGAAUACCUACAUGUUCGGGUAUCAGGGCAUACAUGAGAUGAUGACGAUCGGCCGCGAAUUCAGCAAGAACUUCUAUAACACAACGGACAAGAUCUACACUUACUAUCAGUCUUGCUCCGAGGGCGGCCGCGAGGGUUGGUCUCAGGCGCAACGUUUCGGUGCAGACUACGACGGAAUCAUCGUCGGCGCUCCUGCUUUCCGUUUCGCCCAGCAGCAAAUCAACCACCUUACUUCCAACGUGGUCGAGAAGACCCUGGGCUACUACCCUCCUCCUUGUGAGCUAGAGCUCAUUGUGAAUGCUACCAUCAGAGCCUGCGAUGCCUUGGACGGAAAGUCUGAUGGUGUUAUUGCCCGAAGCGACUUAUGCAAGCUGAACUUCAAUAUCAGUUCCCUGGUCGGCGCUGCUUACUACUGCACGGCCAGCAGCGGGAGCAGCAGCAUUGGUCUUGGAUUUGGCAAGCGACAAACGAGCACAACCCCAGCCCAGAACGGCACGGUCACUGAGCUGGGCGUCCAGGUCGCUCAGACUAUACUGGACGGCCUCAAAGAUACCAAAGGUCGCCAAGCCUACCUGUCCUACCAGCCAGGUGCCGAUUUCGAUGAUGCCGCGACUACCUACGACUCUACCACCGGCACUUGGGGCCUGAGCAUUGACGGGAACGGUGGAGAGUUCGUGGCCAAGUUCGUCCAGCUUCUCGACAUCUCCAGUAUCGAGUCACUGGACAAUGUAACUUAUGAUACUGUCCGCGAUUGGAUGCAGUAUGCGUGGACCAAGUACCAAGAUACCCUGCAGGUCAACAAUCCCGAUCUGACCGAUAUCGCGCUGUCCGGUGGAAAGAUCAUUCACUUCCACGGCGAGUCCGACCCUAGCGUCCCAACAGCUUCAUCCGUCCACUACCGCGAAUCCGUGCGCAAGAUCAUGUUCCCUGGCAUGUCCCUGAAUGAAUCCAGCGAGGCAUUAAAUGCAUUCUAUCGCCUCUAUCUUGUUCCUGGCGCUGCUCACUGCGCCACCAACAGCGAGCAGCCUAACGGCCCAUUCCCCCAGACCAAUCUCGCGGUGAUGAUUGACUGGGUUGAGAAUGGAGUGGAGCCAGUCCUCCUAAAUGCCACUGUUCUAUCUGGUGACAACGAGGGACAAACUGGAAAGCUCUGCUCUUGGCCUCUCCGGCCCCUCUGGACCAACAAUGGCACUACUAUGGACUGUGUGUUUGACCAGGCCUCGUAUGACACGUGGAUCUACGACUUUGACGCAUACCCGCUCCCCCUUUACUAGUGAUAGAGUAGAACCUGAUCUGCGCUUUCAGCAAGACAGGGGAUAGGACGGGUAGUCGGAAGGUCAAUAUCAUCAAGGUGUGGGGCCAAAGGUAUACAGCCACAGAACCCCCGCUAAAAAUAGCUAUGAGGCUCCGUGUGUAUAAGAAGGACACAAAUGUACAUGGAUACUGCGAAUUUGGUGAUCACGGAGCUUGCCGAAAUACUUUAACAUCUUUCUCUCUCUUG